AUGUCCGGUCUCAGCGGCUACGACAGCGAAGUUGUAGGAUUCGAUAGUGUAGCUGCGAAAAAACGUCCUGAAAUGAGCAACAGCACUCAAACGAACUUCGGCGAGGCUGGCGUGGGUUGCCAGACGAAUUCUUCUAACGAUAUCGGAUGUUCCGCUUCACCAGACGAUUUUACGGACGACAUUCUUAAAGAAUACCCGCCGCCCGGUCUGAACGAGUUUCUGCGUAAGGUCGUUCCAGUAGUGAUGGACCAAUUGGAUCAAAACGACAGAGACUAUCCUUACAAUUCCUCAGAUUCCGAUGAGGAGGAGGUUCUAAACGCGAAAUUAUUCCAGGAGCUUAAAAUCCAGGAUGGCAUAGGUUCUGGUGACCACCAAUCUUCCAUACUCGGCUUGACGUGGAGCAGCGCGGGGAAUUCGUUAGCUGUCUCCAUUGGACAGUUGCAACACGAAGCCUGGUGUCAGAAUUCUGGGCUGAUCAAAGUGUUCACUUUGAAACGCGCGGGCGGUGACAAGUUUGUCCACUCUUUGGACAUUUCUGAGAAGAACUGCGUCACAGUUUUGAAAUACCAUCCGUCCGUAGCUGCUCUAUUGGCGUAUGGGACCACGUCUGGCGAAGUAGUGCUAUGUAAUCUAAUGAAUGGAAGUUUGGAAGAAGGAACGCAAUUGGCUUCGCCUUCCGGGUGUCAUGGUUCGCGGCGAGUGUCCGCGCUGCAGUGGGCAGAUGCGCCCCUGGCAAAUAUAUACUUGGUGAUGCAGAUCCACAGUAAGGGCAAACGGCGUGGCGCUGCUGACCAGGUGCUGUUCUCAUCGGGCAGUGACGGCACCCUCAACGCGUGGCAAGUGAACGCUAACCUCAAAGUGUUUGAGAACAUAAUCUGCUACAACGUCAAUGCGUCUCGUAAAGUUACCCCCGACAUAACAUGUUUCGACUUCAUAAAGCCAUCGCCGUUGCGACCGAGUUCUGACAAAAUACCAGAGGAUAUUUUCAUAGUCGGUUCUAGAAGCGGAGCACUAUAUCUAUGCAAGAUUAAAGCCCAGAAUGAAUUAGCCGAUCCAGUUAUUGACGUGUUAGACGGUCACAACACGUGUGUGCUUGAUAUAGCGUUUAGUGUUCAAAAACCGAACAUAUUCGUGUCCGUGUCUAUGGAUUCGGAGUUGCGUGUCUAUGACGUUAAGCACAGCAGCGCUUUGAAGGUCCUUUGCCUAGACUACCCCAUAUCCUGUAUGUGCUGGCUACCCACAGUGCCUUGCGUAUUGCUCGGUCUAGCUCAAGGCGAGAGAGAUCUUCUUAAACUGUACAACGUGUCUGCCGGCAAAGAUGUACAAGUUGAAGGCUUCAAUGGUGACGCGUGCGUGACUUGCGUCGCUGUCAAUCAGGCCGGAUUGUGCCGAAUCGCAGCUGGCGACACCGAGGGCAGAGUGCGAGUGUGGGAACUGCCCACCAGGCGUAUUAGGAUGUCUGCAGAAGAUCUAGACUUUUAGCUUUUAAUUAAGUGUUUAUUUAAUAAAGUUUUUAGUGUCUCUGAUUGAUCUCGUAAGUUUUCCUUGGAACAUGGUCAACAUAUCUCAUGCUGCUAUAUUUUUCGGAUAUUAAUUAAUAGACAUGAUAUAAUGAAAAUAAUAUGAUGUAAUGAAAAAUAUUUGAUUGUUGCGAUGUUAAACGUGUCUACACUACGGGACAUUGUGUCCCCAUGUUAUCAUAUAUUUAUCAUAUACAUAUAAUGGACCAUUAAAACCUUUUCGAGUUCUAUCAGAUGACCAUAGAAUAUGCUACUUCUUAGCUCGUUGUUCGAUUU